AUCCAAUCUUCCCCUUUUGAGAAUUCUAACCCCUUUCUUGACCUCUCUCUGCCCCCAGACGUGCCACACAGCUAUGUCCAUUAUUACGCCAACCCCAGCUAUCACACGCUUUCCCAGUAUCGACCGAGUCCCCCACCUGUGCCGCAGCUCCCCAACAACCACGACAGGACCAGCUCCAUCAAGACCACCAACAACCAACUCUUUGCCAAGAAGAUGAAUGAGGAGAGGGACCAUGUGGGAGUUGGGCACCUGGAGACCAACGCCACCUUGCCAGCUGACUGGAAACAUAGCCCCAAACACAAGGACUUCGGUGCCUGUGGCAUGGACAGAAGUUACAGCUACAGCAACAGUCUGGCUAAAUACUAUAACACAGGGGGACCCCCCCAGGGAGCAGACGGGGAAACUGGUCAGGGCCCCCAGCUCCCUCCAGGACAUUACGCCUCCCCGAAGAACAGCCACAUUCCUGUACACUAUGACCUUCCCCCAGUCCGGCACUACCCGCCGUCGCCUCCGUUACCCCGGCAACACCGCUAGGCCCGGGCCCCACUCCCAUGGCGCAGGUGUCCCUCCUAUUGAUCCCCAGCCCACGGGCAGGGCGCUCCCAUUGGCCCUCGGGCCCCUCUGCUCCCCCAGAUGAUGUAAAAAACAGUUUCUGUUUGGUUCCUCCUCCUCUUGUUCUACCCAUUAAUGGUCCCAAUUGGGCAGCCCAGCGUUCCCCUCGCUGGUUACCAUGGAGAUCAUGUCCCCCCCUUCCCCUCCCAAUGGGGUGAGGGAAGGACAAGGAAUGAAGGUGGGACCCAGAGAUACAUCGGCCACACAGGACAAUAGGGGCCCACACAGGGCAACACAGACCCCAGGAGAACACAGAGAAACACAGGUCCCAGGAGAACAUAGGGAAACACUGGCCACACUGGGAAACAGAGAGCCCAGGAGAACAUGGGGAAACACAGACCCCAGGACAACACUGGCCACACAGAGAAACACGGGGCCCAGGAGAACAUGGGGAAACACAGGUCACAGGGAAACUCAGGCCACAAAGCAGCGCACAGACCAACAGAAACAAAGGCCAGAAGGAAAUGCAAACUAUUCCA